AUGUCGGUGGAUGACAAUGAGCUGCUGGUAGAUGACAAGACUGCAACCACUACAUCGCCAGAUUCCCGCGAUUCUGCAUCCCUGUCCUUGGAGGAAAUACGACGUUUGACUGACAUUGACCAAAUUCGCUCCCAGCUGCGAAUUCUAAACCAAGAAGAGAGCACCGUAGACAGCCAACUAGAUGAUUUCUUACGCAACCAGUCCGAUGUACAAAAUACUCUGGAAACUUUGGAAUCUCUAAGGCCUCAAGUCGGUCUGGUACGUGGAGAUGUCGGUCAACUAUUGGACAUUGUCGCUGCUGCCUCGGUACUGGCUGAACGAAUCAGUGGAAGUUCAAGAGUCAAAGAAACUGUUCAGCUGAGAUGUGCAGUGGGAGUGCAACAAGCUCUCAAAGUCAAAGACUAUGACGCCGCAGCCAGACACAUACAUAAAUACCUACAAUUCGACUCUCAGGUCAUUAAAACUGUAUCUGAAGGAGUUGGCAGUCAUGACGAAGCUGUACCUGAAGACUCGCCCAUUCAUACCCUUAAAGUCGCCCAAACCACAUUGCUGAAAACAAUCAGUGACGAAUUCGACUCGUCCGUUCAAUCCAACAACGACGAAGGCAUAUCCCGCUUCUUCAAACUGUUUCCACUAGUAGGAGGGGGUGACUUGGGCCUGGAUAAAUAUUCAGCCUAUUUGUGUGGAAUUAUAUCUCGCAGGUGCCAAGAUGCCAUGGCAGGUGCCGCGUCUCAAUCCCCAAACGUCUAUUCUGAAAUGCUCAAAGUGCUGUUUGAAACAAUUGCAAUGUUGGUCGACAAGCAGGAAUCUCAUGUUGAAACUCUGUACGGACCUGGUAGAAUGCUCCGAGUAUUACAACGCUUGCAAAGAGAAGCAGAUGUCCAAAGUGUCAUUAUAUUGGACUCAUUUGCCGAAAAUCGCCAAGUGUCACGCAAGUUGGGUGAAGUGAAACAAGCGUAUGAUGCCGUCGCAAAUUGGAAGUCUUCCACAGCUCCAAGAAAGGAAAUCGCUUUGGAAACAAGAGAACUGGACAUUAUUCUGUCAGAGUUGGCAUCCAUAAGUCAGCGUGCUCAACUGUUUAAUCAAUUUCUGCAUGCUCGUGCCAAAGAAUACUCUGAGAGUGGACAGGACUCGACUAAACAGACUACACCAGCCAACGACGGAUUAGCCCAUGUUAGCAAACUUGAUCAACGAGUCCAGGAAUUGAUGGGAGGAUAUGUAUUGUUUGAAGAAUUCUUUAUCGUCAAGAGCAUCGAAAAGGCCCUCAAGAUUGACCAAUACGACUCGAAUAAUCUCAUUACGAGUUGCGUCGAUGAUGUCUUUUACGUCCUCAAAAACUGCACAAUUAGAUGUCUAUCGUCUCUAGAUGUAGACAUUCUCUGUGCACUGAUAAAUUCAUUGGGACGGAUUGUCGAAGUCCACUAUAUGUCAGUGUUUCAGAAAAAGCUAUCCUCCGCUUUUUCAAAUACCGAAACCAAGGACUCAAAAAUCAGCUUUAUGGUCCUGUUGAACAAUAUUGAUGUCAGCCAGGAGUAUCUCUUGAAGUUGUCGCGAGAUAUAGAAGAGGCGUCUAUGAGAACAUUCUCAUCAAAACCAGAUUCGACCCGUGCAAAAAUCAUGUCAUGUUUGACCUCGUUAAAUGAGUACUCUGGGCGCUUUGGCCAGGUGUUGAAGACUUGGCUUGAUAAUCUGUUUGGACAGACUGUCAAGCCUCGCAUACGGCCUCUCCUGCAGGACGCCUAUAAGGAUGUGCGAUAUGUCCUGUCUGAAGAGGAAUUCUUUGAACAAGAAUCCGGUGAUUACUUUGUACAGCGGUUUGUGAGAUCAUUUGAUGCUCUGAUUGACCUCUACCAAAAAUCAUAUACCGAAAACAAUUACAAUCAGACCAUGGCUUAUAUAGUAGACUUUCUGGCGAAAGAUUGGGAGCGACUCCUCUGGAGCAAUCAUCGCUUCAACCAGUAUGGUGCAUUGCGACUGGACAAGGACUUGAGAGCCAUUACAGCUUAUCUAUCAUCGAAAACUCAAUGGACUUCCCGAGACAAGUUUGCAAGAUUGAAUCAAAUGUGUAUGCUCCUCAAUUUGGACAAUGUGAAUGAGGUGGGAAGCAUAUGGGGCAACAAGGCCGGUCCUAUUACAUGGAGAUUAACAGGGCCAGAGGUGAGAAAAGCCCUUGCGUUGAGAGUAGACUUUGCAAGUGAUGAUAUAGGCAAUCUGAAACUCUAA